CGUAUUUUGUGAAAUCGUUCAGUUCACAGGCGUGUAUAUAAGCACUAGAGUUUCAGGGACCCGACGUGUCGAGUAACUGCAACGCCAUUCAUUGUUUCUCAAGGAAAUCGAUUCGAGAUCCGAGUGUGUUCUUUAUAUUUCGAACCAGUCGCUUGCAGGGACAGUACAUAUACUCAAUAUUGCCUUUGCCUAUUCUGUCUCACGUCAGAAGAUCACGAAUUUGGCCAUUUCCUCUCAAAUGUCGACAAAGAAACACUCUUCUGGGGGUCGCACUGAAAAGCUGCGGGCAUCUUGUGAUACUUGCUAUCUCGCAAAAGUUAAAUGCAGCAAGUCUCGACCUUUGUGCAAACGAUGCCUUGUAUUAGGUACAAAUUGCACAUACAGUCCUUCUGCCCGAUUAGGAAGAAUCCCAAGGACAAUUGAAAAAGGUGGAUUCAAAGAGGAACAUAUCAUCACUGCAAGAGUUCAGGUACAAAGGGAAGGACACUUUGAAACCAACUCUCCUACCAUGAAUACAACGCUGUUCAAUUACGAUGAUGACAACAAGUCUUCCCAAGGAUUCGAAGCAGGCGAUGCCUGCUCAACUCUCCUUUUCCAGCCACUCCCGGAAUAUUCAACGCCUGAAAAUCUGCUAUACCCCGAGCCUGUACCUAUCAUCAUGGACGGCAACGCCACAUCGGGACCCUGCAUAGAAAAUGAUGAUGACUUCGGACUCUUCAGUAAUUGGCUCUGGCGAACCAAUCCAAAUAUCACAACGGCCAACAUUCCGCCCGCAUUUCUGGACAAUUAUCUUUUCCAGCCAAGCCCCGAAAUCACAGAUUUCUGCGCGCAUAACCCCUCGGAUGUGAGUCCCGAUCGCGAAAUCAACAGCUUCCCAUGCGAGGCUUCGGGGAUGGUGGAUCUAUUUCCUCCUGGUAUCGGGACUGCAACUCUUCCUUGUCGUUCCAGCUGCGAUUGUUUGAAUGGCUUGUGCGUGGACGAUUCAAGAAAUCAUCUGCAGAACUUCUGAUUCGAUGGGUCCUGUUUGGUAUUUUGCUUAUAACGGUUGCGCCUAAUAGAGCAGCAACCUGCAUCCUGUCUAAGAGAAUGUCAAAUCAGACUUGGCGUGCAGAUGGACGUUUUGUUGG